GACACGAGAGCUCAGCGAGUGCGGACGGGCGAAGCGGACAGCAAAAAAAUAAACAAAUACAAAAUACAAUAAACAUAAAACAUAAAACGGUCGUUCAAAAUUCAAGGUAGAUAACAGCGCGACGCAUAAAGCAUACAACAGCAACAGCAACAGCAACAACAACAGCAACAACAGUAACAGGAAACGAAUCACGGUGUGAAAAGAAAGUCCUGUGAGUGUAGAUACCGCAAGGCAUUCAAAGUGCUCCUUAACGCCUCCACCCAUAUGUGCCACAAGCAAACAACAAACAAACUGUAUCAACUGCACUAACUAGGUGGUAAACAACAACAGCAACACCAACAACAACUACAACAACAACAGUCUGAAGAGCAUUAAGCAACCGAUAUGCCUGAAAUUGUGGAGCUAAAUGUUGGCGGUGUCCAUUAUACGACAACGUUGACAACACUGCUGCAGGAUAAGGGGACACUGCUCUACGAGCUGUUCGCUGGCGCUGAGGGUCGCGAAUCGUUGGCCAAGGACAGCAAGGGCCGUUAUUUUGUGGACCGUGAUGGCGUCCUUUUCCGCUACAUAUUGGACUUUCUGCGCGAUAAGGCACUGCAUCUGCCCGAGGGUUUCCGCGAACGCCAGCGGCUCCAACGCGAAGCGGAACACUUCAAAUUGACGGCCAUGCUGGAGUAUAUACGGGGCGAUAGGGAUGCCCGGCCACCGGGCUGCAUCACGAUUGGGUAUCGCGGCAGUUUUCAGUUCGGCAAGGAUGGCCUGGCCGAUGUGAAAUUCCGCAAGCUGUCGCGCAUUCUGGUCUGUGGACGGGUCGCUCAGUGCCGUGAGGUGUUUAUGGAUACGCUGAACGAGUCGCGAGAUCCGGAUCAUGGUGGUCCCGAUCGGUAUACGUCACGUUUCUUCCUCAAGCAUUGCUUCAUCGAGCAGGCGUUCGAUAAUCUGCACGAUCACGGUUAUCGCAUGGCGGGCAGCUGCGGUUCCGGCACGGCUGGUUCGGCGGCCGAGCCCAAGCCCGGCGUGGAUACGGAGGAGAAUCGCUGGAAUCAUUACAAUGAAUUCGUUUUCAUUCGGGAUUAAAACAGCGACGACGGCGUCGUCAGCUUAUUCCUCUUUUCCCUUUGGCUCUCCUUAUGUUUGUGAUACACAGUUGAAAUAUCAUAGUAUUCCAAUUUAGAACUCUUCUUCCUCAAACUAUUUAACGCGAGACAAAUGCCAAACAAAUAGACCACUUGUAGUUUGCGGCGUGUACACUCAGAAAAAAAUGUGACCUAGAAGAUUGGUAGUCGCCAAGUAUGCUAAGAACCAGGCUUAUCAUUUCGAGAUUCAAAGAUAAAUUUGUUUAGAACUUAAGAAAUAUAAUAUCCAGGGUAUUUUUAGUAUAAAGGUCGAAAUUAGUUUCUAAAUGAACCAAACUUUAAAACGCAGGAGAGAAAUUUAAAUAUUUUCAAAAAAUUUCAGAGUUGCAUUUCUAGUUAUCAAAAAUGUGUUUCAUAAAGAGAUCACAUUUUUGAAAGCGCAGCCGUUUUGAUGCUUAAAAAAUUAAUUACGGUACAAGGCGAUUUAUAUAUUUUUUUCUGAGUGUACUGGGAGUCUUGUGUAAUAACACCGUAAUCAGAAGAAAUAUUAAAAGCUUACCAAAGUUGAAAUCCAAAGUGGCAAUAGAGUUAAAGAUAGAUUUGACAAAAGGAUACGAAUCGAUAUGCACAUUUAAUCUAAAAUGAUUUAAGCCCACCUUUAUAUUCCAAUGGGAACAUUUUUAACGUACAAUUGAAACUAACAAUCCCCACAAGCGAAAUCACAAGAACAAAAUGUUUCAAGCAGGGAGAAUUUCGUUUCUUUACCAAUUGCCAGCUCUAAUUUAGCAAAGCAACAGCCCAACCCAAAUUAAUUAAUGAUAUUGAAUUAAGUCCAACCGGAUUAUAAACAAGGCAGCAAUAAAAUUAAUACAUAUAAUUGAAAAUGAAUAUGGGGAAAUUUGUUUGAACAAAUAAACGAGUAUUUAAAGCAUAUGGAAACACACGUAAUUUGAAGAAAUCUAGAAAUAAAUUUAAAAAAAAAAGAAAGCAACAUAUUUAUAAUUAUAUAAGUAGGGCCAGGUCUAGUCAAACUAUAAGAAUUAAUCAGCUAACUUACCAAUACAACUACAAAGAACUAUUUAAAUACGGGUCACUUCUUAAACAAAUAUAUAAAAAAGAACUCAGUACUUACAUAUAACUAUACACAAAGGUAAAAACAAUUGUUAAACUUUGUAGGAUGAUUAACUGAAUUGAAAGCCAAGAUAAAUGGUAAAUGUAGUGUAUUAUUAGCCAAUUUGAUUACAUAUGUCCUCGAAAAAUAGUUCAAAUUUCAAUUAUCGAAAACUAUUCAAAUAGCAACUGGAUUUCAAUCUAUCGCAUAGUACAACAACAAUAACAAUUCUCGUUAAAGAAAUUCCAGCAACAUUUCAUUUACACACUUGCUACGACUAUCUUACACACUCGUUACACCAAACAGACACAUAAAAUCAAUAUCAGGAACACGAUUUUAUCCCAAGGGUAAAUAAAAUAAAAACUGUCAUCUAUAAAAAUCUUGAAAAGUGGCAUUGAUCAAUUUAACAUAAGGAAAGAAACUGAAUCAAGCUGUGUUGCGGAUUGGAUAAAUAUUUAAUGGAUUUUGAAAGUAAAAUUCGCAUUGCUUAUACGAUUUGGAAUAUCAUGAUUGUGCUUGAAUAUCUUCAAUAAAAUUUGCCAAGUUAAAUGUGAAUAUGACCUUAAGACGAUUACGAUUUUACGUGGUUUAACAAAUUGUUACCUUAGUUUUUCCAACGUUUUUCAAGUGUAUUAAAGUAUUAAAGUAUAAUCAAAUAUGUAUUUGGCCCGCUCUGAUUCGAUCAUAUAUAAAA